CAGAAAAAAAAAAAAAAGUUUGCAGAAUGUCCCACACCGAAAAAAAAAAAAAAAUCCGAAACCGAGCGAAAAAAACCUGCGAGUGGGCCUGGCGGAUGGGAUUAUUAAAGCUUCGCCGGAGCCGCGGCUCGCCCUCCCACUCCGCCAGCCUCAGGGAGAGGAGCCGCGCCCGGCCGGCCCGGCCCCCAGCCCCAUGGACCUCCGAGCAGGGGACUCGUGGGGGAUGUUAGCGUGCCUGUGCACGGUGCUCUGGCACCUCCCUGCAGUGCCAGCUCUCAAUCGCACAGGGGACCCAGGGCCUGGUCCCUCCAUCCAGAAAACAUAUGACCUCACCCGCUACCUGGAGCACCAACUCCGCAGCUUGGCUGGGACCUACCUGAACUACCUGGGGCCCCCUUUCAACGAGCCUGACUUCAACCCACCUCGGCUAGGGGCAGACACUCUGCCCAGGGCCACUGUCAACUUGGAAGUGUGGCGAAGCCUCAAUGACAAACUGCGGCUGACCCAGAAUUACGAGGCCUACAGCCACCUUCUGUGUUACUUGCGUGGCCUCAACCGGCAGGCUGCCACAGCCGAGCUGCGCCGCAGCCUGGCCCACUUCUGCACCAGCCUCCAGGGCCUGCUGGGCAGCAUUGCAGGCGUCAUGGCAACUCUGGGUUACCCGCUGCCCCAGCCUCUGCCCGGGACUGAGCCUACUUGGACCCCUGGCCCUGCCCACAGUGACUUCCUCCAGAAGAUGGAUGACUUCUGGCUGCUGAAGGAGCUUCAGACCUGGCUGUGGCGCUCAGCCAAGGACUUCAACCGGCUCAAGAAGAAGAUGCAGCCUCCGGCAGCUGCGGUCACCCUGCACCUGGAGGCCCAUGGCUUCUGAUCUCUGACCUUUACCAACUCCUCUUCUCUACCCCUUCAAACCCUGCUCCCACUCUAGGACGGAGAACCCUGUAUGCCAACACUUGUUGAGCCAGGAGACAGAAGCCACAAGCCUCUGGCCCUCCCCUGGACUUGGGUGGGGGUGUGAUGUAAUAAGCCCUGUCUCUUCCCCACCUCCCAAAGGCUUAAAGAUCUGGGGAAGAGGUGCAAUAAGGCCCCAUCCUGUUUCUACAGGGAGUACUGCUCGAGGGAGUCCAGAGUGGUUCAAGGUGGUAUAAAGGCUCUCAUAGCCUCCUGCCUUCUGCCUACCACUUGGCCAGUACCCACCCAGCCCCUUAAGCAGCACUUCUAGGAAGCAUACCUGGAAGACAGGAGUGGGGAGCCACCGUAGCACGUGCCUUUCUAGGAUGAAGCCCUUUGGCUGCCCUACUCUCCUUGGAUGGGUAUUACUCCUCCACCCCCAAAUAACUCCACACAUCCAAUUCAGGAAACAAACAUGGUGGCAAGUCUAAACAAAGAGAGAUAGGAUUAAAAAUAAAAGGGGUGGGGCCUGCAUUGGAAGUGGCCUACAGACCAGAAUAGAUAAUACUAAAAGCAAAGGGCCAGGGACAGACCAGACCCAGGAGUCACCAAAGCAAUCAGUGGCACAGAGUGGCAAACAAAAGCCACAUUGAACAUUAGGAUCUUGCCUUAAAUUUUCUUGCCAGCAUCACGGUGCCUCCUCUCUGCCCCCUUUCCCAGGGUAUCUGUGGGUUGCCCAAGCUGGGGAGGGCAACCAUAGCCAUAGCCACAGGAUUUCCUGAAAGUUUACAUUGCAGUAGCAUUUUGGGGUGUGGGGUGGCAGCUCCCCCAGGCCCUGCCCCCCAGCCCCACCCACUCAUGACUCUAAGUGUGUUGUAUUAAUAUUUAUUUAUUUGGAGAUGUUAUUUAUUAGAUGAUAUUUAUUGCAGAAUUUCUAUUCUUGUAUUAACAAAUAAAAUGCUUGCCCCAGAA